ACUUCCGGUGCGCUUCCGCGGUGCCUGAACCUGAGGCAAGACGCAAGUCGCUGUUCUGGAAAACUAGAAAAGUUUUCUUUUUGGUCACUCACCACUGGUCCCAUGGCUGCCAUGCAGAUGGAUCCUGAGCUUGCCAAGCACCUCUUCUUUGAAGGGGCCACUGUCGUCAUCCUGAAUAUGCCCAAGGGGACAGAGUUUGGCAUUGACUACAACUCCUGGGAGGUGGGGCCCAAGUUCCGGGGUGUGAAGAUGAUCCCUCCGGGCAUCCACUUCCUCCACUACAGUUCUGUGGACAAGACCAAUCCCAGGGAGGUGGGCCCCCGUAUGGGCUUCUUCCUUAGCCUACAGCAGCGGGGGCUGAAGGUCCUGCGCUGGGAUGCAGUCCAGGAAGAGGUAGACCUGUCCCCAGCCCCACAGGCUGUGGUGGAGGCCAUGAGGGCCAACCUCCAGGAGCUGGACCAGUUCCUGGGACCUUACCCAUAUGCCACACUCAAGAAGUGGAUCUCACUAACCAACUUCAUCAGCGAGGCCACAGUGGAGAAGCUCCAGCCCGAGAGUCGACAGAUCUGUGCCUUCUCAGAGGUGCUGCCUGUGCUCUCCAUGAAGUACACCAAGGACCGGGUGGGGCAGAAUCUACCCCGCUGCGGCACUGAGUGCAAAAGCUACCAGGAAGGCCUGGCCCGGCUGCCCGAGAUGAAGCCCAGAGCUGGCACAGAGAUCCGCUUCUCCGAGCUGCCCACACAGAUGUUCCCGGCAGGUGCCACGCCGGCCGAGAUAACCAGGCACAGCAUGGACCUGAGCUAUGCUCUGGAGACCGUACACAGUUACUUACCAACCCCGGAGCUACGUGCGGAGGGGAAAUGGGAACCAGCGGGGAAGCAGCAGGCGUCACCUCGGGAGCGGGUGCUGGACCGAGGGCUGGCACACACAUCCCUUCGGGCGCUUGAUCAGAGGUGCUGGCGGGAAGCAACGUGGGACGGGGCCCUCCAGCACCUGGAGUGA